AUGUAACUAAUUUUUCAAGCUAAAAUUUAUGCUCUUGAAAUAAUAAAUACUCAAAAUUAUAAAAAAGGUGGAACUGGAGCUUUGAGCAAACCAAAUUUCCAAUUGGAUUUUUUUUUAAUUCUCUUUUAAAAUUUUAUUUUUUCUUCUCCUAAUCCUUAAGAAUACACAGUAAUUCAUUUCGAUAUGAAAAAUAAAAGUCUUUCUUAAGAUUUGUAGGUCUAGAAUUUUGAUACACAAUAUUUCAACCGAAGGAUCUAUGUUAAGAAUAUUUUUUCUAACUUUGCAGAUUAAACUCGGAUCAAUUUAAUAAUAGCACACUCAAUUCAAAUAAUAGAAGAGCAUCUUCUUAAUAUCAAUAAUUACUUUCAAUUAUUUAUUUCCUGCAUCAAACAAUAGUUAGUUCUAUUGAAGAAUUCUAUUCAUGUCAAAUUUAUGAGAUAUUUAUAAAGCUUUCUGAACGCUAUUUACUUGUAAAUAAAAUCCAAAAAUAAAAUAAAUUAAUAAUCUUGCCGCUUAAAUAAAAUUAUGCAAAAAAUUUUACCUUAGAGCAAAACAAGUAAAGAUAAUUUUCAAAGUAGAUAAUGCUAUUUAAGUAGAAAAGUAAUUUUAUGCAUUAAAGAGGACAAAAAAAGAAGAGAACGUGGAAUAAUUGAUGGAGAAUCGGUUGAUGAGAAUAUUUCAAAAAUAUUGGAUGGGUAAUCGUUGA